AUGUCCCAAUCAGCAGUAACAAAACUUAUUCACAAUGCUGAAAGAGCUGAGAAAUGUUUAGAAGAGUUAAAGAUUAAGCUAGCAGAAGUGAAAAAAAUUAAAGUAGAAGAAGUUUAUAGCGUACUUUCACAAGAAAAUGAAACACUUCUGAAAAAGAUUGAAGAAGCGAAAGCAGAGUUGAUAAAAUUAGAAACUUUACAUGGAAAAAAGCAAUACUCAUUGCCAGGGAAAUCACUUUCAAAUCAAGUUCAAGCACAAGACCCUGUAAAACAAAGUGACAAAGAUGAGCCUGCACCAAAAAAAGAAAAGGAUACUGUUAAGAAACCGAAAGAUAAGAAACCACCUGUUAAAAGCGAUGAUAUUAUUGAUAUAAGAAAAUUAGACCUACGCAUUGGUAAAAUUAUAGAUAUUAAUAAACACCCUGAUGCAGAUUCAUUGUAUGUAGAAAAGAUUGACUGCGGUGAGGACAACCCACGUACUGUAGUAUCAGGUCUUGUAAAUCAUGUACCAAUUGAUGAAAUGAGGGACAGAAUUGUAAUGGUUCUUUGCAAUUUAAAACCAAUGCGUGGUGUAACAUCAGAAGCAAUGGUUAUGUGUGCAUCUUCACCAGAAAAGGUUGAGGUUUUAAUCCCUCCAUCUGAUGCAGUACCAGGAGAUCUUGUGUCCUGUGAAGGCUUCCCUCGAGAACCGGAGCCCCAAUUGAAUCCUAAGAAAAAGAUAUUUGAAACCUGUGCACCUGAUUUAAAAACUAAUGAUGCUGCCAUUGCAUGCUACAAAGAUAAUCCAUUAGUAGUCCCUGGUAAAGGCCCAGUUAGGGCACCUACACUUAAAGGUGUAAAUGUAAAAUAA